UCCACAAAGUGAGUACAAAUUUGGAUGCGUUGUUCCUGUAUUUCAAAAUAGAAGAGUCUCCUACACCUUUCUAAGAAGCUCACUUUGGAACUGCAGUUUUAAACAAAGAUGACAACACAUUCAAAGAGAGGCAUACCUGUAAGCUCGGUAAGUCCACAGUAUCUGCACACAAACUCUACUAGCCACACCUGGCCCUUCAGUGCAGUAGCAGAAUUGAUUGACAAUGCUUAUGACCCAGAUGUCAAUGCAAAACAGCUUUGGAUUACAAAAAGUGUGUUCAAACACCAGGACUGCCUCAUCUUUUUGGAUAAUGGAAAUGGCAUGGACUAUGACAAGAUGCACAAAAUGCUCAGUUUUGGCUUCAGUGAUAAGCAGCAGUUAAAAAAACAUGUUCCAGUUGGUCUUUACGGUAACGGUUUUAAGUCCGGCUCCAUGCGCUUGGGAAAGGAUGCCAUUGUUUUCUCAAAGAAAGCCAACACCAUGUGUGUGGGUCUGCUGUCACAGACUUACCUCGAGAGGACAGGAGCACAGAAUGUCCACGUUCCUAUUGUCUUGUUCACAUACAAUGGACAGACAGUCAGUGCUGCACCAGAGCAUGCAGAGAGUCUUCGAGAUAUCCUGGCACAUUCUUUGUUUAACACUGAGGAAGAACUGUUUUCUCAGUUCAAAGUCAUUGAAAGUCUUGCAAAACUAAGUGGAACCUGCAUCAUAAUCUGGAACCUACGCAGAAAAUCUUCAGGAGAAUUAGAAUUUGAUUUCUUGAAGGACCCCAAAGACAUCCGGAUCCUUGAUGAUGUGUACAAGAACUUCAGGGAGACAAACAAGCGUCAGAAUCAGGAGAGCAUGUCAGUGCCUGAGAGUGUUUAUUCACUACGGGCAUACUGUAGUAUCCUGUACCUGAGACCAAGAAUGGAGAUUAUCCUUCAAGGGCAAAAGGUGGAAGCUCAGUCUAUCACAACAACUCUAGCAAGGCCUUGUACGGACACAUACAAACCUGAAUGUCUUAAAAAGGCAAUAAAAAUCACAUUUGGCUACAACAAAAAGAGCAUGGAGAACUACGGAUUGAUGAUGUACAACAAAAAUCGGCUCAUUAAAGCCUACGUGCAUGUUGCCUGCCAGCGGAAGGGCAACCACACUGGACAAGGAGUUAUCGGGGUUAUAGAGUGUAAUCACCUCAUACCAACUCACAAUAAGCAGGACUUUGAUGAUACUCAAGAGUACAGGAACACCAUGAAGAAUCUAAAUAUUAAGCUUGAACAAUAUUGGAAGAACGUCAAUUAUAGUCAUCAAGCCUUUAAGCCUGUUGAUAAUACUGAAAGUCGCACAGAUGCAGCUCAGGCAAUUUGCCCCAGGCUCUUGCCUGAUGUUUCUGAUGAGGAACAACUUGGAUGCCUGACAACACACAAAGGGCAAAAGAAGAGAACCCUGGUCCAGUGUCAAGAUAAAACAGAGAAGAAAAAAUCCAAGCAAAUCGAUUUUGACAACAACAUACCAGGGACAUCAACAUCCACAGCCUCAUCUGCCAUGUUUAGCCAUGAUAGCAGUGAUAAAAUAGUAGGAAGAAAAAACAUUAAAACACAAGCCAGCUCUGAACACCAACAGAACUUUGAAGUUCAGCUUCUUCAGGCCAAGCAGGAGAUAAAUCAGCUCCAAGUUAAGGUUAACAGUCUAGAAGAUGAGAAGUCUGCUUUGGCAAGCUGCUGUGAGAGCCUGAGGAAUGACCGCCUCAGGUUAAGAGAACUCAGACAAAGUGUGGCAUCUCUCCUGUUCAGCUUUGUCCCUGAAGUAAUUCUUAAGAGGUUGGACUACGAUUGUGAAGCUGUUGAUGAAAUUCUUACUCAAGUUAUAAAUAAGAUCUCCCCGACAGAGGCAGACUCUAAAUAAAAACCCAUAUGAGGAUGGGUUCCCCUUUGAGUCUGGUUCCUCUCAAGGUCUCUUCCUUCCAUUCUAGGGAGUUUUUCCUUGCUACUGCUGACUGAGUCACCUCAGACUUGCUCAUUGGGGAUAAAUACAUACACAUUUAAAUAUAUCUAAUAUUGAUCUUGAAUUGUGUUUUCUACUAAUCUUUAUAUUAACCUUUAACGAAACCAUUAACACAAAGAUUUUUAAUACAGUAUGCCUGACUCUUAUUCUGUUUAAAUGUUUUUGAAAAAAGACAUUAACUUUUUAUUGUUUCCAGUGUAUUUUUAAAAUAAAAUUGAAAAAGACGGGUUUAAGCAGCUACUGCCUCAGUUCCCUUUGCUUUUAACUUUUUGCACAUAGAGUUAAUUGCUUUUAUAUCACUAUAUAAGCAUGUGUAAACCCAUGUUUUUAAAUGGCAAAAUAUUCAGCUCAUGUGUAGUCUUAAAAUCUUACAUUUUCUUUCUAUUUACAUUUUCUUAGUUCUGUGCUUAAAAUGAACAAUAUCAUACUUCAAUGCUAGGCCAAAAAUGAGUAAAACAUGGAAGCUAUAUCAUUGGCCUGAUUUACUAAACUACAUGAUAAUAUACACAAAUAAAUAAUGUUGAGCAGCUAGUAGGCAGGUUGUAGAUUAUUUAUAAACCUAAACAUUGUAUAUUACAAGAUAAAGGAGAACAUAUAACAUAUA